AUGUUAGCAACAACAGCACCAAACUCGUUAGUCAUGAACCCAACUUCAAUGUUAGUAGAAAUGAAAAGCUUCAUUCCUUCUUCAUAUACUUUCGAAACAGAAAUCCAGAAGAUAAAGCAAGAACUUCUCCAAGGAGAUUUAGAUUGCACUGCAAAAGAUGAAACAAAUGAACAAUAUCUUUAUGAAAUGCAGGACCUGGUGGAACAUCUACCUAAACUUCCUGAAAUACAACAACAAAAGCUCACUAUUCCUGAAUUCGAUGAAAUAGAAGUCAAAGCAACUGACUCAGUUGAAAUUAAGAAGUUCAUACGUAAGGUUAACUAUGAGUUUCUUGGAUUUCAUUGCAACCACAAAGUCAUGGACAAAGACUGCGAUAUGGUAUAUUUCAUUGACAUAUAUAAAUCUGAAGAAUUUAAGACCUACGACAACUUUGUUUCGUUAGUUGCAAAAUGUGUAUGGCAGAUAAGAGAUAAAGAUAGAAGAGGUAAGGUAUGGAAUGAACAGAUAAAACCAGCAGCCUUUGA